AUACAAAACGUCCUACGGCCAUGAAAGAUCUCUGAUCUCUAUCCUAUGUUUUCACUGUUUUCAAUGUUUUUUUAAAACAAAAAUUGAAGCUGGUAUAAAACAAAAGAUGUUUUUGUGAAAUAAUUAUCCUUAUUUUGAGAGUAAUGCAUACAUUUACUUGAAUUAAAGUGUCUGUAGCACAGAGCGAAUAUAUUUCAUUGAUUACAAAAAUGGAUUCGAGUUAUUUAGAUUAUGUGGCCCAGGCCUGUAUGGAUUUAACCGAAGCCAUGGCAGCUGUAAGCAAUGAAGUUGAACGAGAUACUCUAAUAACAAAUCAUAUAAAGAAAGUUUGGGCAGUGGUUCCGCCAGUAGAAGACUUUAAAAAAAAUUUGGAAUGGGUGAAUGUCUCUGAGCCUAUUUCUUUGGCUCAACAGUGCUUUGAAAAAGUUGUGGUGUUGGACUUUUGGACAUACUGCUGUAUUAACUGUUAUCAUAUUCUUUCUGACUUGGCUCAUUUAGAGAAGAUACAUAAAUCUGACGGUGGACUGGUUGUGAUUGGUGUCCACUGUGCCAAAUUCAACAAUGAAAAAAAUUCUGGUAAUAUACUGUCUGCGGUGCAGAGGUAUGGUAUACACCACCCUGUUGUCAAUGAUGCUGACAGUGCCAUGUGGGAGGCACUAGGAAUUAGGUGCUGGCCUACUCUACUUAUAUUAGGUCCAGGAAACAAGCCACUGUUCGUAAUAACUGGCGAGGGACAUAAAGACGAGUUAAUCUUGUACGUUGGAGCGACAAUGCGUUACUUUGUGUCGCGCAUCUCUCUUACACCGCUGCCCAUCUCACUCAACACACAUGUGAAAGCUAAAGAUAAAGACCUACUUUAUUUCCCUAGUAAGUUGGCAUUGAACCCAUUUUACCGAGGUCGCGGCGAGGAGCCGUUUCUGGCUAUAUCGGACACGGGCCACCAUCGCGUGCUGCUGACGGAUUGCUCUGGGAUCGUUCUGCGUAUCAUCGGCGGCACCGAACCUGGAUUUAAAGAUGGCAAAGUAAACGAGGCGCAAUUCAAUUCGCCGCAAGGUAUCUGCUGGUUGACAAGUACAGUGCUAGUGGUGUGUGACACCAACAACCAUGCCUUGAGAGCCAUACAUCUCGACGAAGGAAGCGUUGAAGUUUUAGUUGGCACAGGGGAACAGGCUGCGGUGGGCGAUCAUGGCGGCAAGUGUCUAGGUCUGCAAGCCCUAUCGUCGCCGUGGGACAUACUGCUAUACACGACCCCUGACCUGGAUAUGUCCGUUCGACCGCUCUUGCCGCCGCCGCCGCCGCCGCCACACGGACAAGCCGCGCCGGACAAAGAGGACAACGUCAAACUCGACGAGAAAGAAAAAGAGAAGAAAGAUGAGAAACGCCGUGUUCUUGUAAUAGCCUGCGCUGGAUCGCAUCAGAUCUGGGCACUGUUCCUUGAUAAUACAAUAUGGUGGAAGUAUAAGUCAUAUUCUGAAGGCACGUGCGCGUGUAUCGCGGGGUCGGGCGCGGAGGCGGCGCGCAACAGCGCCUACCCCAACACGGCGGCCUUCGCGCAGCCCUCCGGACUCGCACUCAGACUAGGUACCAGUCCAGAAAUAUUUAUUGCGGAUUCGGAGAGUUCUUCCAUAAGAAGAAUAGCACUUUCCACCGGACAAGUGUCGACGCUUUGCGGCGGCGAUCGCAACCCAUUAAAUCUCUUCGCCUAUGGAGACGUCGACGACAUCGGCGUGGACGCAAAGCUGCAGCACCCCCUUGCUGUAGCUUACUGCGAAUCAACCAAAACGUUAUACAUCGCUGACAGCUACAAUCAUAAAAUCAAAAAAGUUGACAUUGGCCCACAAAAAGUGACCACAUUGUACCCAACUAUGAUCGAAACCACGGACCCGGCGAACUUCAACGAGCCUUCAGGCCUGUCCAUCAGUUCCGACGGGAAAUACCUCUACAUAGCUGACACAAACAACCACUGCAUAAAGAUACUAAACCUGACCAAAAACGUGUGCCAAGAGUUCAAAGUUCGUCUUCCAGACCCCACAUUUGUCGAGCCCGAAAACUUAAUUCUGUACAAAAACGAUUUAUUCGUCAAUAGAAAGUGUGGAAACCUUAUAAUUUAUUUUAACGUAAACUUGGACGCUGAAACCAAGAACGUCAAGUUUACGCCGGGAGCGCCGCAGAACUGGCACGUGUGCGUUCGCGACGAAAAUAAUGUCGACGUAACAACGGACGAAUUCGAAUUCGUUGGUUGUUCCCGUAAAGGAACUAAAUUACCCGGACGAGUGGAAAUGAGACUCAGAAAUAGGACUGAUAAAACACAUUUUCGCUUGUACCUGAGCUUUCAGACCUCGUUGUGUGACGCUGCUGUCUGUUUCGCGCACUCCUUCACGAUUCGGUCCACUAUAUUAGUCCGAGAUUCAGUAAAGAUGGUGGAAUCUUAUAAGAUAACUUGUAAAGUUAACCCCGUGCACCGAGGAGAUUUAAAAAGUGAACCAAUUAAAACAUGAUUUUAACACCUACCUCUGUUGUAAUAUAGUAUAGCUACAUUUUGAUUAGGGUUACUGUAUGUAUUAUAAUUUUUUAAAUGUAAACGAAUAAUUCUAUGAUUUAUUGGUCAAAUAAAUACGGUUGAUUACAUAUUAGAUCA